UUACGUACAAUGAAUAAAAUUUAAUCAAUUAAAAAUUGGGAUUGUACAUCGCCGAUUAAAAUGUCCGAAUCCAAAAAAUGUUUUAUUGUACUGAUGCCCUUAUUCUCCAAGAUAUUGGAAUAUAAUUCGCUGACAUCCAGACUCAGAAAACUAAAAUCUUUUGAGAAAUGAGCUGUUUGGAAUUCUUGAAUUAACUGUGUAGAGUCAGGUAAAAAAGCAGGGGGCUGGGUAACAUGUUGUGGCUAGUGAUUGCGCCAAUCCCGGAGAUAAUAGGUCUCGCAGGAGGUUUCUGCUCAUCCUUGUGGAUCUUGGGCAAAUAGCAAAAAAUUGUUGUUUGAUCAUUUUUUAUACUUAAAAACUCCCGCUCUCUUUUAUGUAAAAUAUUGUUCUCUAUAGCCCCUUGAAUCAAUUUCAUAUAUUCUUUAGAAAUAUCUGGGGCAGGUCAUUGGGUGAUUUAGACUGGGAAGCAGAUGACAUUGAUCUAUGGAGCUCUGGAGAAGACGGAACCGCAGCGCACGGGCCGAGGCGGAAACAAUGGGCUUUCUUCCCUCACAAUCAGCCGUCUCUAUCUCGCCUCCUUCUCACUUUCUCUUCCGCCCAUUAACAUAACCCGCAGCCGGCUCGGGGUGAGCGGAGCUGCCCGCAGGGCACGACAUGUCGGGUGGGAGGAGGAGGAGGCGGGGAACAAAUUAAGACAAUAGGCGUGCAGAAAAUGGCAGCAGCCUAAUAAUAACGCGGGAGACGAGAGCAGCCGUGCUUUGGCUUUUGUCUUGGCGGUAACGGGGCAGACUACACAGCCGCCGUCUUGCCUGCCCGGGGCACAAUACACACGCAGCCCAUCGGGGAGGUUUAUUUACUCUGCGUAGCCUCAGCAGCUCCUCGCCUGCCACUUGUCUCGUACACAACAUACACGGAGGCAGGAGAGAAGGGAGGGGGGAUGGGUACACUUGGUUUCCACCCACAACCCCCCCUUCACCAAUGACCGAGGUGCAGAAGCCGCACUAUCCCGCUCCCCAUUCCCCCUCCUCCUUCCGAAUGGUCUCUCCCAGAGGUUACCGGAAGUUGUGCGGCGCUGCCAUGUUUUUAGCUGCUUUGUUGUAGGUUUCAUGUAGGAUCCUGCGCUGUUUUUUUUUUUUUUUUUCUUUUUUCUGUUUUUUUUUUUUUCCUCCCCCAGUGCUCCGGCUGGCGAUUCCUCCUCCCGCCUCCUUUCCCUUUCUUCCCGGGAUCGCCAUGGAGGCCAACUGGACGGCUUUCUUGUUCCAGGCUCAUGAAGCGUCACAUCACCACCACCAUCAUCACCAACAGCAGGCUGCCCAAAAUAGCUUGCUGCCACUUUUGGGAGCUCCAGUUGAACCUCCUGAUCAAAAGCCUAUGCUACCUAUUCCAAUAACACAGAAACCUCAACCUUCAACAGAACCUAUGAAAGAUCCGGUUGUAAUAAAAAAAGAAAAACCCAAAACUUCCUUUAUUUGUACAUACUGCAGCAAAGCCUUUAGGGACAGUUACCAUUUAAGACGCCAUGAAUCCUGCCAUACAGGAAUUAAGUUGGUGUCACGGCCAAAGAAAACACAGACUGCUCCGGUCGUACCCCUUAUAUCUACUAUUGCAGGAGACAAUAGUAGAACAUCCUUGGUUUCAACCAUUGCAGGCAUACUGUCGACUGUUACAACAUCGUCUUCUACAACAAUUCCUAGUGCCAGCACAAGCAUCCCAACUAUGCCUGUCCCUCAGCCAGUGAAGAAACCUAGCAAACCUGUUAAGAAAAACCAUGCCUGUGAAAUGUGUGGGAAGGCCUUCAGGGAUGUUUAUCAUUUAAAUAGACACAAGUUGUCCCAUUCGGAUGAGAAGCCUUUUGAGUGCCCAGUGUGCAACCAGCGCUUCAAGAGAAAGGACCGGAUGACCUAUCAUGUGAGAUCUCACGAAGGAGGGAUUACCAAGCCCUAUACAUGUAGUGUUUGUGGGAAAGGUUUUUCAAGACCAGACCAUUUAAGUUGUCACGUGAAGCAUGUUCAUUCUACAGAACGACCCUUCAAAUGCCAAACAUGUACCGCUGCCUUUGCCACAAAAGACAGGCUGAGGACACACAUGGUGCGCCAUGAAGGGAAGGUUUCAUGCAAUGUAUGCGGCAAGCUUCUUAGUCCAGCUUACAUUACCAGUCACCUAAAGACACAUGGCCAAAGUCAAAGCAUUAACUGUAAUACUUGUAAGCAAGGUAAAAAGUUUCAAGGGCAACUUCAUGAACUUCAGACUCCAGUUCAUUGUAGAAUCAAAUAUGAAGCACCAGACUCACUCUUUUGUGCUGUGGAUCAGAAUCAUAGGACCUUUUCAAUAGGUGAUUAUACAAGCAACAUGUGCCAAACGUCUACUGCACCUCAGACGUCUGUAACGCUUACUUCUCCUUUCAAUAUUACAUCCUCAAUGGCAGCAUCAGGAACCCUGACCAACCCAGUAACAGUGGCAGCAGCUAUGAGUAUGAGUAUGAGAAGUCCUGUCAACGUCUCAAGUCCUGUUAACAUCACUUCAUCUAUGAAUUUGGGGCAUCCAGUGACCAUAGCUACACCAAUUUCAAUGACUUCUCCUUUGUCCUUGACAUCACCAGUUAAUUUGCCUACUUCAGUCACUGCUCCAGUUAAUAUAGCACACCCAGUCACUAUAACAAGCCCUAUGAAUCUCCCAACCCCAAUGACCUUAGCUGCCCCAUUAAAUAUAGCAAUGAGACCAGUGGAGAGUAUGCCGUUUCUAUCCCAAGCUCUACCUUCAUCACCUUGGUAAAGGAAAAAAUGGAUUUGUACAUGAAUUUACAACAGUAUUAUGGAGUUGUUUUGUGGUUCUCUACAAGCAACUUGUUUAUGAUAUAAGAAGGAGAUACAAUUUCAUUGGUCAGUUUUAGUAUUUCAAAACUGUUUGUCCUGGACCGCAUUCACUAAGAGGGGAGGGAUAAUCCCUAAGUGAAGACUGAAUAUAGGCUAGAAGACUGUUUAUAACAGAUUUUAAAGAUAUGGUAUUAGUAUUCUACCUUAUUAUUAAUGAUUUUAAUAACACUAGCAAGGUAUUUCAUUUUCUUCAUUUGUAUACCAGUUGAUGGGUUAUUUUUUAUUUUAAUUUUUUUUAAUCACUACAUUGUACAUUUUUUUUUUUCCCCCCCCCCAUAUCGAUGUUUGUUCUGGCACACUGCGUGCCUCUUAACUGUUAAUAUUCUAAGUAAAUGAACCCUGUAGCCUACACAGUAAAAUAUUAUGAAUCUGCAUUUCACAAUGAUGAAUCAAGUUUACAAGCAGAAUUCCAGAAGAAGAUGGAAAUUCCCACACUGGACUGGAAAGCACAUAAAAAUUUGGUCUGUCUUACAUUGAGCAAAUGCAUAUUAAUGCCCGGCAUUAUAUACAAACAAUUCAGAAAAUGGGGGAAAAUACCAAGAAGCUUGUCCCUUUUUCUUCCUGAAUCCUCAGCUUUUGGAAUGUAAAUAUUGUUUUUAUCUAUAUCCUAAAGGAGUAUUUGGUUUGUUUUUUUCAAGUUUGUAUGCAGAGAACAGCAGAGAGGCAUCUUCUUUAUAUUAGUCUAAAACUUGCAAAGACUUUGGGUUUAGUAUGAAAAGCUUCCGAAGCUGCUGGUUAUAUGAAAUUCCUUCAGGAUGUUCUCCUUUUGAAGCUGUGCUACCAUGCCUUUCUGAUUAAAAUGUGCCCAUUAUAGAGAGAAACCUGCACAUUAACCAGCAUGAAACAAACAAAUGGAAUGCCUUUAAAAAAAAAAAUAUAUAGAAAUAAAAAAACAAAACAAAAAAAAUCUACCGGGUGUAGAAGCACAAAAACUGAAUGUGUUAUUCUUUGCCCAUUUUGGAUGGCUGAUGGGUCAGGAAGUUUGUGUUCUAUUAAAAUUGUAUACCGUUUUGUUUUCUAACCACUAACUAGGUAGUGAGCCCUACAAAACAAGCCAAGAUUAUAUCAAAAUAUCUUUGUGGUUUAUUUUUAUUUUUAAAUGUCUCUUCCCUUUUUAUGAAAAUUUUUAAUUGUGUGCUGUAGAAAUCUGUUCAAUGUGUAAAUAUGUUAGCAUUUUUUUAUAUUCAGAUCCUGGUUCUUGCUAGUAUUUUUCUUUUAGCGACAGUGGGACUUUGCCUAUUCUGGCCUGUCCCCAAUAGCACUUGCUUUUGGUCAGAUUACAUACUUAAGUACACCCCAUUCAUUGCUCAGCUAUAUUUUAUUUUUUACUAUUCUCAUCCAAGAUGUUACUGUACUGUAGUAAACCAAAAGAAUUUAAGAUUUCUGCUUUUAGAGCAUAUUGUGAACUUUUUUUUUUAAUUAUAGAUAUGCAUUAAAUUCUUAAAUUGCUGUAGAUACUAGCAAACACAUUUUAUAAGCAAUGUGUUGCGGACUGUUUCAGCCAUUCAGUUUAGCGAUACUACUAAAAAAAAAAGAAAAAAAAAAGAACUCUACAUUUACUUUUUUAUCAGAUUGAGAGUAAUUUUUAUUUAUACAACCUAUUUUCUGCUCCAUAAAUUAUGCUAGCAGAUCAUGGGAUCAAUGGAUUAAGUAGAUCAAGUAUUCUGAAAUAAAGGCCUAAUUAUCCAUUGCAGUAGCAAAAAAAAUGGCAUGCUUUAAAGAGGACACUUCUCUCACGAGAAGACUUUGGAUAAAAAAAAAAUACAGUCAGUGUAGGGGCUUGAUAUAUACAAUAAAUAAAAUUCAGUGUAAAAAUAUUUUAUUACUGAUCUUUUGUAUUGUAGGACAUAAACUGUACAUCUUUUGUAUAUACAAAAGUCUAGGUACUUUCUGUUUAGCAGAAAGCAGCCACAUUCCUACACUUUUAAUGUAUAUGUUUGUUAUAUUGUCCAUGUAAACACAUGCCCCAUGUCUGUGCCUUUUUAAUUAGUUUGUCUCAAUAAACAAAAUGUAGAGCGUUUUCUCUUUGGUCAUCUUUAU